GCCUUUUUCUGGCUCCGGCUCGGCGGAGGGCCGCCGUGGGGCCGGGGGUUCCCGGCACUACAGAGGGGAAUCCAACGUAUAAAGCUGGUGAAAGGAGAGCAGAUCCGGUCGGGUCCUGAGACGCUGAGUCCAGAGCGAUGUUGCUGAAAACAGUGCUCUUGCUGGCCCUGGUGGCCCGGGUGCUGGUGCUAGAGAAUGGGCUCCUGCGGAAGCCACCCAUGGGCUGGCUGGCCUGGGAACGUUUCCGCUGCAACACUGACUGCGACGAGGACCCGAAGAACUGCAUCAGCGAGCGGCUCUUCAUGGAGAUGGCCGACCACUUGGCACAAGACGGAUGGCGGGACCUGGGCUACACAUACCUUAACAUGGAUGACUGCUGGAUUGGUGGGCGUGACGCCAAAGGCCGACUGAUACCAGAUCCCAAGCGCUUCCCCAAUGGCAUUGCCUUCCUGGCUGACUAUGCUCACUCCCUGGGCCUGAAGCUGGGCAUCUACGAGGACAUGGGCAACUUCACCUGUAUGGGUUACCCAGGCAUCACGCUAGACAAGGUGACUCAGGAUGCUCAAACCUUUGCCGAGUGGAAGGUGGACAUGCUGAAGUUGGAUGGCUGCUUUUCGACUCCCGAGGAACGGGCCAUGGGAUACCCCAAGAUGGCAGCUGCCCUGAAUGCCACAGGCCGCCCCAUUGCCUUCUCCUGCAGUUGGCCGGCCUAUGAAGGGGGCCUUCCCCCAAAGGUGAACUACAGUCUGCUGGCAGAAAUCUGCAACGUCUGGCGCAACUAUGAUGACAUCCAGGACUCCUGGAGUAGCGUGCUGUCCAUCCUGGACUGGUUUGUGGACCACCAGGACAUACUGCAGCCGGUGGCAGGCCCUGGACACUGGAACGACCCAGACAUGCUGCUCAUAGGGAACUUUGGCCUCAGCUUUGAGCAAGCCCGGGCCCAGAUGGCCCUAUGGACGGUGUUGGCAGCCCCCCUCUUCAUGUCCACGGACCUGCGUACCAUUUCUGCCCAGAAUAUGGACAUUCUGCAGAAUCCACUCAUGAUCAAAAUCAACCAGGAUCCCUUGGGCAUCCAAGGACGCAGGAUUCUCAAGGAGAAAUCCCACAUUGAAGUGUACGUGAGGCCCCUGGCCGACGAGGCUAGCGCCUUAGUCUUCUUCAGCCGCCGGACGGAUAUGCCUUAUCGCUACCACUCCUCCCUCGCCCGGCUCAACUUUAACAGCUCCAACACCUAUGAGGCCCAGAACGUCUACACGGGUGAUGUCAUCAGUGGCCUCCACCCUAAAACCAACUUCACGGUGGUCAUCAACCCUUCAGGGGUAGUGAUGUGGUACCUGUAUCCCAUCAGGAAGCUGGGGAAGUCCCAGCAAUGAGGAACUGAAACAUGUGACAGGCUGUGGCGGCAUCACUGAGACCAGACCAUGGAGCCUCCACAUGCCGAGGGCUAGUAAGUGGGGUUCUCUGACACCCAGGCCCGCUCGGUGACCUGGCCCCAUGAGACCCAAAGUGCAAUCUGAGGGCCAGGUUCCACACCCUGCCCAAGUGUGAACCUUCUUGGAAACUUGUCUUGGGGCGAUUUCCUAUGGCCUUCCUGGUUUCUACCUUGUCUGCAUGGCCCCACAGAUGUUACUGAACAACUGAGCCAGCGUCCUGAGCCCCCACAAGCAGGGCCACUGAUACCCUCCGAUCUUCUUUCUGUUGACUCUGAAAUCAGGACUUGGGAUUUUUCUUAUGAUUAGGACUAGAGAUCUGACCUCUUGUCAGGAACUCCCACAAAUUGUGUGAUUGGUUUGCCUGCCUGGAUAAGGCCUUGCAGGCUAACACCAGCCAGGUUACCUUGGUUCCCUCUGGUUACCAAUAAAGCUGUUCUUUAAUUGGGUAGUUGCAAUAUGGACGUGGGGUCAUGGGCACCUUCAGUUAGGGACUCUGGGCAGCAGUGCACAGGGUGCUGGUUUGAAAUCUCACCUCACGUGGAAGAUGUGUGGCAUCUUCUGGCUCCUUAUUUUCCAAAGUGACCUGCAGAUUAUACUUCCUAGACAUGCCAGACUUGCCUCUCACCAGGGAGCCAUCCUGCUCUGCCCAACUCAAGUGGUGGUGACAACACAGCCAGG